CCGAAGUGUUCCGGGUGGUAAACAGAGGUUUACAAAAAUGGGGUCCGAACACGAUGAAGUAAAACAGAGGGAUCUGAUGUACAGACUGAUGAUAAGUCAGCUGUUUUAUGAUGGACAUCAGAAACUGGCUGUCUCACUGUCAACUCUGGUAAAGGCCCACCCAGCAUGUCCUCCCUCCGACCGACUAUUCAAGGUGCUCAAGUAUGGCCUGGAGAUUGAGGAAGAGAUCCACGGGAAGGAAGUAAUUGGAUCAGAGAAUGUAGCCCCUGGAUCUGGUAUAGACCUGGAGUACGAAACAGAUGUCCAAACCAUAUCCCCGGAGGCGGCAUUGUAUGAAACGUGUUAUGUUACUGCUCAUAAGGGGCCAUGUCGAGCAGGGGCCUUUCACAGUGGAGGAAAGCUGAUUGCCACUGGAUCAGAAGAUUCUUCUAUCAAGAUUUUGGAUGUCGAGAGGAUGUUGGCUAAAAGUGCAACACCAGCUGAAAUCAUUGCCAUGGAAACCCCUCAGCAGGCCAUGGAGAACCACCCAGUCAUCAGAACUCUCUAUGAUCAUAAUGAUGAGGUGACAUGCCUUGAUUUCCACCCGAACCAUCAGAUUCUGGCUUCUGGCAGCAAAGAUUACAGCAUCAAGUUCUUUGAAUAUUCCAAACCUUCGGUGAAGAAAGCAUACAAGAGUAUUCAGGAGGCAUCAGAAGUUCGCUGUUUGUCCUUCCAUCCCUCGGGAGAGUACAUUCUCUGUGGUACCAAACAUGCCACCUUGCGUCUGUAUGAUGUGAAUACAUUCCAGUGUUUUGUUGGUCGACACCCCAGUCAUCAACAUGAAGGACCACUGACAGCAGUUAAAUGGUGUCCCAAUGCCAACUUAUUUGUGACGAGUUCUAAGGACGGUGACAUUAAGAUCUGGGAUGGAGUAAGCAAUCUUUGUAUCAACACAUUCAAAAAGGCACAUGACGGCACCGAGGUCUGCUCUGUUACCUUCUCCAGGAACUCAAAGUACGUGGUGUCCAGUGGUAAGGACUCGUUAGUUAAGCUGUGGGAGCUGUCCACUAACAGGUGUCUCAUUGUGUACACUGGAGCUGGGGCUACUGGUAAACAACAGCACCGUACACAGGCCGUGUUCAACCACACUGAGGACUACGUGCUGUUCCCUGACGAGGCUACAACAAGUCUGUGCUGUUGGGAUUCGAGGAACGCUGAGCGGCAACGUCUGCUGUCACUAGGUCACAAUGGUGCUGUGCGAUACAUAGCCCACUCUCCAACAGGUCCAGCUUUCAUCACAUGUAGCGAGGACUUCAGAGCACGAUUCUGGUACAGGAAGGCCGACACCGACUAACCCGGCCCAUUACUCAUCAGUCUGGACAUUCUUCAUUGACGUUCAUCAAAAUCACGAUAUCAAAUAUUGUCAUGUGGUGUUCAUCACUUUCAUCGAUAAAAUGCUUAUUUGACUUUUCUUUUCAUUCUGUUCACAUGGAAACUCAGAUAUUGUGUGGACUUCGAACUUGACAACUUCAUCAGUGAACUUGACAACUUCAUCAGUGAUCUUGACAACUUCAUCAGUGAACUUGACAACUUCUGAUCAUUACAACUUUUCUGCAUGGUGCAAUUGUUCUUCAGGGUACAUUGUACCUACAGGAUACUAAUGUAGACAAUGGGCAUAUGAAUGUUGAGGUUCCUUAUGCUUAAAUUAUGUAAUAGUUCUUCAUAAAUUUCCUUCAUGUGUGAAGUAUUACUCAUUAUGUAUGAUAAGUCCAAAGUGAAAUAUCUUUUUUAUUAUAAAUGUGAAAAUGUUAGUUCUGAAAUGUGGUAUGCUGUGUGAUCAUUUUGCAGAGAGGACUUGAUAAAAAUGUGGAGUAAAAAGACAGAAACUUUAAAGGUAUAAACUCACAUGCUGAAAAUGUGUUUUCUGAAUGUAGUUCUCUAAUGCUUCUCUACGCAGAGAAUUCUUUUCAUAAUGAGAGAGACCAUUGCAACAUAACUGAAAACACAAUAUAUAAGAUUACUGAAAACACAAUAUAUAAGAUUACUGAAAACACAAUAUAUAAGAUUACUGAAAAAACAAAAUAUCAGAUUACUGAAAAAACAAAAUAUAAGAUUACUGAAAAAACAAAAUAUAAGAUUACUGAAAAAACAAAAUAUAAGAUUACUGAAAAAUUACUGAAAAAACAAAAUAAAAGAUAACGAAGUGCUCUAGACAACUUCUGACCAUGUUUGAUUGAUGAAAGUUGCCUAUAAAUUAUAUCAAAGGGUUGUCAUAAUGGUUCAGUAACCACCACUAUUUAAACUAUUACAGCUCAGCUAAUUGACUAUCAAUGAUACCUGGGGCCUGUUCAUUCCUGAACAACAACCAUAUUGUCAGUUUCUAAAUGUUAACAAUUUCGGGAAUAAAUCCUACGGACCUGCAAAUGUUUAUGUAGGCCUUGCAGGGCUUUAUGAAGGCUUGUCUGAAAGCAGAUAACAAUUUCCAACCUUUUUUCAUAAACGAACAACUCUGGUCCAACGAGUUCAAUCGUUUGGAUCGCAAUAAGCGAAAGCAACCCUGUACAUACACAAACAUGUCAAAAAGUAAUAAUAGAUCAAUGUUUAGAAUUUGAGUCCUGACUGUGUAAAGAAAUUAGACAUGUGCUGUAUCAAAUUUUGGAUUGAAUUAAAUGUAGUUGAUCCAAAUCUUGAGUAUGGAUGAAAAAUACCAUGUGAGAUAUGUGUUGAAAGUAUACAUGUACCAAGUGUGUAAUGUGUUUUAUACUGUCAUAAAUAUUGUGAAAUAUUCA